AUGUCAAUUCUGCUACAAGCGUUAAAAUGGCCAAUCGAAGUGAAUAUCCAUGAUGACGAUACUGAAGCAAUUGAUAUAACGGACAUGUUGAUAUUUCUGGGAUACACAUCUAGAUCUAAUGGCAGUGUUAUGAUUGCUCAUACAGUGACCAUCCGGUUCAAUGAAGUCUUCAAUAUAGGCAGACUCUUCGUUCAAGCAAAGUCGAUUCUAAAUUUGGUAACCAAAUUUGGUACUGUGGCAGAAUCGUUUUACACGCAAAAGCGCGCGCGCCGUUGCGAUUAUCGAGGUCACCGAAAAGAUUUUGAAUUGGGCGACGCUCGAAAAUUUUCUGGGGAGAUGUGUUGGAGGGCCGCCAGACGUUUUGGAAGGCUGGGGAGGCGUGUUGGAUAUCCGGGAGGGCGUGUUGGAUAUCCGGAAGGGCGUGUUGGAUAUCCGGGAGGGCGUGUUGGAUAUCCGGAAGACGUGUUGGAUAGCCGGGGCGUGUUGGACGUUGUCCGUUCGGCUUCUGACGUACCCACGGGAGAUUUGCCUUGGGGUACGCUUUGCGCUUCGUCGAAGUUUUUCUCCUCCGGAUUUUGA